GAACUGCGAGCAAUUGAUGUAAUGGAUCAAAUAACACAAAAGAAAACAAACAAACGAUCUACUUGUAAAACCUCUAAUUAAAUCAUUAACUAGUAGUAUAGUGAAAAAUAAACCAUAAUAAUGGCUAAUACACCUAUUCACGAACAAAAACUAGCAAAAGCUUUUCAGCAAAAUUCGAACAUGCACCAUAUCGAUACUGUCAAAACUAUCACUGCUGAUACGAAACCAGAAGAUCUUACGGAAGCACAAAAGCAAGCUUUCAUAGCGAUGAUGCGUAUGGCCAUAGAUCCUCAUGAACGAAACUGGACCAAGCGUUUAAAAAAAUUGAACGAAAAAAAUCAACAAUUUCCGCACACCGUUCCUUCUAAUCCUAAACGCCGCAGGUUGAGGAAAAAAAUAGCAAAAAUGCGAGCCAAAAAACAAUUUCCACUUCACGCGGAAGUUCGGUCGGAUCCUGCACGACGGUAUGGAUUCAUACCGAAAUCCCAGAAGAAAACAGAUCUGGCAGAUUAUGCUAAAGUGUGAAUAAACAUACAUUAAGUUA